UUGCUCAACACAAUUUUCAGAAUUUGCCGCGAAUGGGUAUACCAGAAAGGACUUUUUGACGUUUCCGAUGUGCUUCUCCGUGUUCAGUGCUGCCUGCAAGAUGUCGGCACUCAUGUUGCGACACCUGUUGAUUCUUCGUCAAACUCCAAAAAAGAAAUGGCGAAAUUUGAUGUAUCGCUAUUUGAAUAUGUGAACAGUCAAAUCGACGUGUACGGUGAUCGUGUACCGCCAAGCAAAGUCUUCAUAUUACCGGGCGGUGGCUUAACAGCGGCUCAUUUACAGUAUGGACGUGCCAUUUGUCGCCGUGCUGAGCGUACACUAGUACCGUUGUUACGAGAAGGAAUGAUUGACAAGAGCUGCCUUCGCUUUCUCAACAGGUCUGUUUCAAAAUUAACUCGAAAUGUCCAUCGAUUUCCUUGCUAUAGAGUAUUUGUUGCUGUUUUAACGCCAGUGGAAAACUUAAGUUUUAAAGGAAAAGUUUUAUUUCGAAUUGAUUAG